CAUAGACAAAUGAUCCACACCACUCAUUCUGAACUUUAUCUCUCCAUCUUCCAGCCACCACCUUUAUAUAUAUACACACCGCAACCACUAUAUCAACAGCAUAUCAAACGCUGCAACUUCUCGAGUGAUUCUAAGCAAACACCUUGUUUUCUUCAGAUCUGAACCAGCAAUCUCCAAUUUGUCUUUCAAGUUCAUAAAGUGAUCAGUGUAUAAAAUGGCAAUUGGUCUCUCUGCUGUUUCUCAUGCCAAGCAGGUUCUCCGGCGCUCUCUUUCAUUCGGUAGAGAAGGAAUGUCCUCAAAACCCCCGAAAGGCCAGCUUGCAGUUUACGUUGGAGAGCAAGAGAAGAGGAGAUAUAUGGUGCCAGUCUCGUACCUGAACCAGCCUUUGUUCCAGGACUUGCUCAGUAGAGCUGAGGAGGAAUUUGGGUAUGAUCAUCCCAUGGGAGGACUCACGAUUCCCUGUUCAGAGGACACGUUUGUUGAUCUCAUUUCUCAGAUGAGUGAACUGUGAGAAGAGAGAGGGGGAAAAAAGCUAAUACAAUUUUGUAUAAUGAAUCCGGAAAAUCACCAGUCAUUGUAUUAUUUUCUUUUUGGACUGGAACAGUCUUAUUAUUAAAUGAUGACCCGUUUCAAAUCAAUCAGUAUAUUCUUUCACGUUCUUGAA